AUGGAUUUGCAAAUAGAAAACAGACGCUGUUCCCAGUUCCUUACAAGCAAUGUCAUAAUUGGCAACCCCACAUUGAAAGAUUGAAACCUGAGACCAACUACUCACCAACCACCACGAUCUCAACCCCCUGUCUCUUUGGGCAAAAAAAAAAAAAAAACUUGAUUUUCUUUUGUUUUUGGUUUUCUGAUAUGGCAGAUGAGCCCUUUCUCUCCCCACAAUCAAAACCCCAACUUCGACACCUCCUCGAAGACCCUCAUCAUGGCUUCUAUUUCACAAUCCCACAGUCAAUCUCCACACCAGCUCUUUUCCCAUAUGAAAUCGAAGACAAUCCACAGAUUCAAUCCCCCUCGUCUGAUUAUCCUGAUCCCAGUACGCGAUUAAAGAGACCCAGUUCUCUCAAGCGAUGUAAAACAGCUCCUGCAAUGGCUGUCAUGCGUGAUUUGAAGCCCAAGACACCCCAGGUUCCCAAACCUCAAUCCGAGUCCAGCACCAUUAUCAGGCAAGCUGUUUUCUUGCUUUCCAUCUACUUGAUACUCGGUGUUGCUAUUUAUUCGUUAAACAGAGAUGAAUUCUCGGGUGUCGAGACUCACCCGGUUGUCGAUGCUCUUUACUUCUGUAUAGUCACUAUGUGUACAAUUGGUUAUGGUGAUAUAGCCCCUUUAACCCCGGCUACGAAGAUUUUCGCUUGCGUUUUUGUAUUGGUGGGUUUCGGUUUUAUUGAUAUUUUGUUGAGUGGGGUUGUGAAUUAUGUUCUUGACUUGCAAGAAAACAUGAUUUUAACUGGGAUUCAGAUGGAGAAAACGAAUCGAGGGUUUUCGGCUAGGGAUUAUAUUGUCGAUGUCGAUAAAGGAAGGAUGAGGAUUAGGCUUAAGGUUGGUUUGGCACUUGGGGUUGUGGUUUUGUGUAUUGCAAUCGGAUCUCUGAUUUUGUACUUUGUGGAGAGCUUGGACUGGGUUGAUUCUGUUUACUUGUCUGUUAUGUCGGUUACUACGGUUGGGUACGGUGAUCGGGCGUUUAAGACUCUGCCCGGAAGGUUGUUUGCCGGUGCUUGGCUUCUGAUUUCGACGCUGGCUGUUGCUAGAGCUUUUCUGUAUUUGGCUGAAGCAAGGGUUAACAAGAGGCAUAGGAGGAUUGCUGAGUGGGUGUUGCAGAGAGAGAUCACUAUUGAGGAUUUGCUAGCUGCUGACAUCAAUAACAACGGUUUUAUCAGUAAAUCGGAGUAUGUCAUCUACAAGCUCAAAGAAAUGGGAAAGGUUGAGGAGAAGGAUAUAUUGCAAAUAUGCGAUCAGUUCAGCAAGCUUGAUACUAAUAACUCAGGGAAAAUAACUCUUCCCGAUCUCUUAGAAAAUCACUGGUGAAUCUGAGCAGAUAAAGUUAAUUAUUAUUCACUUGGCUGGUGAUUCUAGCCUCUGUCAUUGGAAAUGGGCGUUGCAUGUAAAAUUGUGUAUCCAUUCAAGUUAGAAAUCCCAAUUCUAUGAUUUUUGUCGAGCUGUUGUGAUGUAAAAAAAGAAAAUGGAAUUGGCAAGAGAGAAAAGGGCAACAAAAUGCUUCUGAUCUCAUUCAUAUUCUAAUUGUAAAAUCUUUGUUUCCUAUGUAUUCAUCAUCCGGACUCUUGAGAUGUAAUGAAAAGUAAAUAUUAUUCC